AUGGAGGCCAACCUGAGCGCGGACGCGUCGGCAGCAGCGGCGGCUCCGGAGGCGGCCGCUGGGGGACACAACGUGCCUGCCCUGUUGUUCGGGGUGCUGCUGAUCGUUGUGAUCAUCUGCGGGAACCUGCUGGUGUGUCUGAGCGUGUUCACCGAGAAGGCGCUGAAGACCACCACCAACUACUUCAUCGUCAGUCUCGCGGUGGCGGAUCUGAUGCUCGCGGUGCUCGUGCUGCCGCUCUUCGUCUACUCCGAGUUCCAGGACGGCGUGUGGACCCUCAGCACCACCCUCUGUGACGGCCUGAUGACCAUGGACGUGAUGCUCUGCACCUCCUCCAUCUUCAACCUCUGCGCCAUCAGCGUCGACAGGUUCAUCGCCGUGUUAAUCCCUCUCGCCUACAACAGGAAGCACGUGGACCUGCGGCAGGCGCUGCUGCUGUCGGCCACCUGGAUCAUGGCCCUGGCGGUGGCCUCACCCAUCAUGUUCGGCAUCAACAACGUGCCGGGCCGCGACCCCGCCGAGUGCAAACUAGAGAACGACGACUACGUCCUGUACUCGUCCGUGUGCUCCUUCUUCAUCCCGUGUCCCAUCAUGCUGCUCUUGUACUGCGGCAUGUUCCGUGGCCUGCGGCGCUGGGAGGAGGCGCGUAAAGCCAAGCUGAAGAACAGCAUCACGGCCUGCCGCAAGCUGCAGGAGGCCGCCGCCGCGCUGCCGCCGCUGGCCUCGCUGCCGCCGCCGCUGCCGCCCAUCAUAGAGAGGGAGCUGACGGAGAAUCUGGAUGAGCCGUCCGUCUUCCCGUCCACAGAAAAGCCCUUCCACUCAGAGGACAGGGGCGGCCCUGUGCAUACCGUCAGCUUCACCGAGAUCAAGUUCAACCCAGACCCUCGCAGGAGGAAGACGGCCAAGAUCAACAACCGGGAGAGGAAGGCCAUGAAGGUGCUUCCUGUCGUUGUGGGUGCCUUCCUGUUCUGCUGGACUCCCUUCUUUGUCCUCCACACGAUGCGAGCUCGCUGUCAGGGCUGCCACGUCCCACCAGCCCUGAUGAGCGUGGUGACGUGGCUCGGCUACGUCAACAGCGCUCUCAACCCCAUCAUCUACACCGUCUUCAACACCGAGUUCAGGAACUUCUUCAAAAAGUUCCUGCAUCGCUGCUUCUCCAAGAACGCCUGAUGGCGCUGCCACUGCUGCAUGGGCAAUUUUUCAGCUGCAACUUCCGACUGUUGAUUUAUUGUCUGUAGUCUGUGUACUUGGCCAUUGUUUUUGUCCUCUGUGAGGUUUUUAUUUUUCUACAUGUGACGACAGCAAAGUUUGUUAGAGCUUUGUGUAGUUGUGAAGAAGCUGAGGAACAAACUCCGAGGAAACGCAAAACAACUACAUCACACA